GGCACACGGAGAGCGAUCUUCAGGCCUCAGGUGAAAAACGGAGGCGGAGCAGCCGCCUUCGGAACAUGAAAUCGCCCCUCAGUAAGAUGGCGGUUUUGAAAUAUUGAAAACGUCGUUUUACCCCGCAAUAAGAUGGCGUCCGCGUCCUUGUUGUUGUCGUCGCCCCGCGCGAGGUGUGACGGCUCGUCACGUGCUGGCAGUCCCGCGCAUGCGCGUCGCUUGGCGGGAAUCUCCCAACGGAAAACCUUCCCCGAGCUAAACCCGAGGAGCUGGAAAACAACGGCAGGGAAAGAACAGAAGACCGACAAAAUUCACGGCGCCGGUGGGUCUGCCAAGGCUCAGAAAGGGAGAGUGGGUGGGGUAUUUCUUCUUCCCUGCUCGCCACCCACCCACGCUAUGUUUUCUGAGCGGGCGGCCCUGAAGGAGCCGACUCUGUUGUCGGCCCCGCUCCCGGCCCAGCCGGGCCCAACUUUCCCCCGGGUAACGGCCGGCUCAUACGAGAACCGUUCCGGCAGCUUCAGGCUGGGAGAACGCUCUUUCCAGCGGCAGUACGCGCACAUCUACGCCGUCCGGUUGGUGCAGAUGCGUCCGAUGGUGGAGGAGAGAGCCAGAAAGAAAUGGGGAGCCGAUGUGCCGGUGAAGAAGCUGUGUGAGCUGCAGAUGGGCGAGAAGUGUUGCGCGGUUGGCACCCUCUUCAAGCACAUGGAGUUGAAACCAUCUAUCCUGCGGGAAAUCAGUGAGGAGCACAACCUAUUGCCUCACCCAGCACGUACAAAAUAUACAGAUCAAUCAGAUGAGCUUAUUUUAGAGGAUGAGCUGCAGCGAAUCAAAUUGGAAGGAGAGAUUGAUGUCCAGAAAUUUGUGACAGCUGAAUGCAAGCAUGCACAUAUCAACAGCUUCCCAACAAAAGGCUCUAAGCAGGAGAAACUAAAUGAUCUGGUCUUGUGA